CGAAAGGAAAAACACUUUAAAAAUGAAAAAUAGUGAUAAUAGAAUGGGUAAUUGAGUCUAACAAGUUGAAAAAACGACUCUAACUAGUUGAAGAAAAGUCAAAAUAGGAGAAAUAUGUAUAAAAAUUGUAAGAAAUUGAGAUAAAAUGAGUCUAGAAUGAGACGGUGCGGGACAGAGCGAGUCGGAAGUAGAUACUCAUGUCCCGCCCCACGUUACUGCAGGUCGGGUAAUACCCGCGGGGCGGGUUUGAAAUUGCCAUCACUACUAGGAGUGCCGACUUCCACAAUGACUUUUUUUUUUUUUUUCCACACUGACUUCACAAGUGUCCAAUUUAGCAUUCCAUUUAUUGUGAAAGCAUCUCCACGAAAUCAGAAGACACAAAACGUGUGGAAGGAGAGAGAGAGAUGGCCGGGACGGUGGAAACCGAUCCGAAACUUCAACAAGACGGCGGAGCCGCCGCCGCCGCCUCAGAUGGUGGUGGGGAAGAUCCUUCGCAGAAGGCGGAGCUGGACGCCGGAGCACUCUUUGUUCUCAAAUCCAAAGGGUCGUGGGUGCAUUGCGGGUACCACUUGACGACGUCGAUCGUGGCGCCGCCGCUGCUGAGCCUGCCGUUCGCGUUCACGCUGCUGGGCUGGGCCGGCGGGAUCACGAGCUUGGUGGCGGCGGCGGUCGUCACUUUUUACUCCUACAAUUUGCUGUCCUUGGUUCUGGAGCACCACGCUGCAAUGGGCCGUCGGCAGCUCCGGUUCAGAGACAUGGCCAACCAAAUCCUCGGUCCAAGAUGGGCCCGUUACUACGUCGGCCCAAUCCAGUUCAUGGUUUGCUACGGCGCCGUCGUCGCCGGCACUCUCAUCGGCGGUCAAUGCAUGAAGGCAAUUUACGUGUUGUCAAACCCACAGGGCACUCUAAAGCUCUACGUCUUCGUAACGAUCUUCGGCUGCUUCAUGCUGAUACUCGCACAAAUCCCGUCGUUCCACUCCCUCCGCCACAUCAACUUGGCCUCUUUGCUCCUCUGCCUCGCCUACAGCGCCUGCGCCGCCGCCGCCGCCGUCCACAUCGGAACCUCCUCGUCGAAACCGAAGGAAUAUUCCCUCCCGGGGGACAGCACCGAGGACAGGCUGUUCGGCAUGUUCAACGCCAUCGCCAUCAUCGCCACCGCGUACGGCAACGGAAUGAUCCCGGAGAUUCAGGCGACGGUGGCGGCGCCGGUGAAGGGGAAGAUGCUGAAGGGGCUGUGCAUUUGCUACGCGGUCAUCUUGGCGACGUUUUUCAGCGUCGGUAUUUCGGGGUAUUGGGCUUUUGGUGACCGGGCCCAAGGGCUCGUGCUGAGCAACUUCGUGGAUAACGGGAGGCCCAUCGUGCCUAGAUGGUUCGUUUUGAUGACCAACGGUUUCACCAUGCUUCAGAUCUCCGCCGUGGCCGUGGUAUACUUGCAGCCGACCAACGAGGUGCUGGAAGGAACCUUCGGCGACCCAAAGAGCAAACAGUUUUCACUGCGAAACGUCGUCCCGAGGGUUCUGUCGAGGUCCCUGUCGGUCGUCGUUGCAACCGUCGUAGCUGCGAUGCUGCCCUUUUUCGGCGACAUCAACGCGAUCAUCGGAGCUUUCGGUUUCAUCCCUCUGGACUUCGUCCUGCCGGUUGUUUUCUACAACCUGACGUUCAAGCCGUCCAAAAGGAGCCUUGUUUUCUGGCUCAACUCUAGCAUUGCCGUAGUUUUCUCGGCGAUCGGAGCUGUUGCGGCUGUUGCCGCCGUCAGGCAGAUGAGCCUCGACGCCAAGACUUAUCGGCUGUUUGCUAAUGUGUGACGAGUUUGACGACGAAUUUGACCUAUAGAGGCAUAUAUAUACUCUAGAAAUAUAGUAUAAUUCAAGUGAUCUGGAUGUUAAAUGUAUUUUAAUGAGCGGCAAAACGAAUUUGAACUAGCAAUUAUUAUUUUCUAUUAAAUUGAAUUUUCAUUUUGGAUUUAGAGAUAAAACCCGAGAGGUACAGUAUCAUAUCCAAAAUCGAUUUAAUUUAGGGUUAAUACCUUAUUUUGGCCCGAACUAUACCCAAACUUUCUACUCUGAUCCGUGGUUUCCGAAAUUGCUCCACUGGCCCGAACUAUGCACCAUACUUCCUUGCUUGGCCCGGUGCGGGUUUUGACCGUCAGAUUGGACGGUCAAACUCCAUUGACUGUUUGUCAAGCGCAGGUCACUUGCCACGACAGCGAACCCGAAAUAAAUUAAAAAAAAUUGA